CGGUAGUGUUUAUAAGUAAAAUACAGUUUUAAUUGCGGGCUGCGCUGGAAAUACAAUAGUGAAACGCGGCACACCGACGACUAAUUUAUAGUGUAUUUUCCAAUAGUUUUAGAUUACCGCGUUUUACUAAAUAUACUGGAUUUCAUUUUUAUCACAGACAAUGGUGUAUCCCAAUGUCCAUACUGCGGAACUCUGGAACUGGCUGGCAAUGGCCCGCUCCUUUUCUUCCCUCGGGAUAAAUAAUGUGAAAAAAAUGGACUUCACUGCAUGCAUUCUUGUCGUUUUGGCCCCGCAGCUUCAGCAAAUGCAGGAAUGGCUUUAAACAUUAGAUACGUCAGUAACCUAGAAACUGCCGACGAUAUCGUUAGACAGUAUGAAGAACACACUACAAGCAAAUUUGUCAUUUCCAAGCAGAAUAAAAAUUUUGGAAAAGAAGUUGGUCCGAUACACUUAAAUUCAAGGAUUCUUUGGGAAGAUAUUGCUAAUGCCAAAGCAGCAGGAUAUCGCUUGCAGUUCGAUGGAAUUCCUUUCAUGGUUGUUGGCCACAAAAUACUUGAUUGUCAUCAUGGUUCUGAUAGACAUGUAGCAGCCAAAGCGAAAUACAAAGCACAAAGAGAAGCAGAUGAAAUACAAUGCAAAAAGAGGAAAAUGGUGGCACGGGAUUCUAAAAAAGUCGGAUGCACUGCCAGAAUAAGAAUGAGAGAAAUAUUGAAAUUUCCUGAUCACAAAGUAUGUCCUGAGGAUUCAAGAACUAAUAGACUUCAAUCUUCAAAGCAAUUAAAGAAAGACAUUGCUGAGAAAGAAAAGAUUGUUGAAUAUGAGAGAAGAAUUUAUAUUGAAUUGCCAGAUGAAACAGAUCACUGUAAUCAUUCCAUUGGAGAGGAUAAUGGUCAAUUACAAAGAAUUGAUAAAGUCAUUGUCAAGUUCAUACACUGUCAAGUCUAUGCCGGCAUUGAUUCUUCUGAGGAAAUAAAGUCAAAGAUCUAUUCAUUUGUUCGUGAUCAUAUGUUCAAAGAUAGAUGUAUUCCACCACCUUCAAAUCGUCGUUAUCAUCCAAGAUCUCAAGAUGUUAAAAAUCAUAUUUAUGCUGCUAAAGCAAGAUUAAAGUCAUUAACAAAAUCAGAGGUUAAAGAAUUCAACCAAUUAAGCGAUCUGAUUCACAAAACAACUUCAUCAGAUUUGCAAUUCACAAAUGAUCUUAUCAAUCCUUCACAAAGUUCUCCCCAUACUAUGGACUUGACAAUGCUUGAAAAUAGUGUUAAUGCAUUGUCGUGUAUGAAUGAUAUCAUCAAACUUAUGGAUAAUGAUCACCAUCGUUUUGAUUCAGGAUACAUUGAUGCAGAGGAUUGUGAUGAUAUUGAGAUAGUUUCUCCUGUGACAGUACAACUUCAGGUUGAACCAGAGACUACAAAUCAGAUGACAGUCAAGUGUCAGACAUUGUUGGAUAAAAUUUCUGAACAAACCAAGGUAUUACGAGAUCCUGAUACAUUACAUAAACUUCAGACCAGACUUCAAGACACUUUAGAAUUUUUAUUAAAUGAAGAAACCGCUUCUGACAAAGAUAUUGUUGCAGAGGAUUUUGUGGAACAUCGCAAACAUCCUAGCUUGUUGGAAACAAAAUUGCGCGGAAGUAAUUUCUUAGAAAGAAAAAGACCACUUAUUUGUGAAAACGAUUUCUCAGAUUCAGAUUAUGAAAUACAAUGUGAAGCCCACUCUUAAAAUUUAUGACAAUCUGAUCAAAGCAAGGUCCGUCCUGUGUACUCACUCAGAAGUUGAGGAAACUGAUCACUGAGUAAAGUUAUGUGCUAAAGUAUGAAGAGCUAUGGAAAGGAAACUAUGCAGAUAUUAGUGGUGCACAAUGCUAAAGUAUGCGACAUUGGUCAGUGCCAAUUGACACGAGACUUGGAACAGCCCCAAUACAGAAAAAUUUAUGGAUCUGCACACCUAAAAGAUUUCUUGAUUGAAGGUUUUUUGAUUUUCUGCUUAAUCCAAAUAUAUUCUUGAUGAACCUCG